CUCUCCCAGCCUGCGAGCAUUUCCAGGCUCUUGUUUCCCAUCAGCCUCUGGGUCCAAACUAACCACGGGUCUCUGAGUCCAAACUAACCACGGGUCUCUGGGUCCUUUUCCGGUGUCCUUAAGGUUCUUGGACUCUGCAUGGUUCCCUUUAGCCUGUCUUCGGGCCUGCCACAAUUAAAUGACCGCAAGAAAGAAGUCUAUGCUAAGCCCCAUAAUGAACGUUUCAAGCAAGAAGGAUGAGAAUUUUAGAUCUGGAGGUGUCCUCGGGACAGGAUCUUGUCAAGACCUGAUGGGGAAGUUCUAGAGGUGGGAUUUCUAGAAGAGGCGCCUCUAGGAGCUCUUUGGUGUGCUGCCAGGUUGCCAGAUUUCUAAGAAGGGGUUUGAAGAGGAGAAAAGGAUUUUUGCAUGUUUAGAAAUCAAGGUUCAGAGAGGGGGUUUUGCUAUGCUGCCCAGCCUGGUCUCUAACUCCUGGACUCAAGUGAUCUGCCUGUCUCAGGCUCCUCAAGUGCUAGGAUUACAGGCGUGAGCCACUGUGCCCAGCCUUACGACAAGAAGUCUUAACCUGAGGUCUUCUUGUUCCAUUGACGAGCUUCCAGGAGAAUCUUGACAGUGAACGUGUCUCAUUACAUUGAAUAACAGCUACAGGAUGUUCAAGAGCUGUUCCGGCUUUUCUGGAUUCUGUGCUUCACCAAUAGAGGAAUCCCAUGGAGCAUUAAUUAGUUCUUGCAAUUCCAGAACCAUGACUGAUGGGUUGGUGACAUUCAGGGAUGUGGCCAUCGACUUCUCUCAGGAGGAGUGGGAAUGCCUGGACCCUGCUCAGAGGGACUUGUACGUGGAUGUAAUGUUGGAGAACUAUAGUAACUUGGUGUCACUGGAUUUGGAGUCAACAACAUAUGAGACCAAAAAAAUAUUUUCAGAAAAUGAUAUUUUUGAAAUAAAUUUUUCCCAAUGGGAGAUGAAGGACAAAAGUAAAACCCUUGGCCUUGAGGCAUCCAUCUUCAGAAAUAAUUGGAAGUGCAAAAGCAUAUUCGAGGGACUAAAAGGACAUCAAGAGGGAUACUUCAGUCAAAUGAUAAUCAGCUAUGAAAAAAUACCCUCUUACAGAAAAAGUAAAUCUCUUACUCCACAUCAAAGAAUUCAUAAUACAGAGAAAUCCUAUGUUUGUAAGGAAUGUGGGAAGGCUUGCAGUCAUGGCUCAAAACUUGUUCAACACGAGAGAACUCAUACAGCUGAAAAACAAUUUGAAUGUAAAGAAUGUGGGAAGAAUUAUUUAAGUGCCUAUCAACUCAAUGUGCAUCAGAGAUUUCAUACUGGUGAAAAACCCUAUGAGUGUAAGGAAUGUGGGAAGACCUUUAGUUGGGGAUCAAGCCUUGUUAAACAUGAGAGAAUUCACACUGGUGAGAAACCCUAUGAAUGUAAAGAAUGUGGGAAGGCCUUUAGUCGUGGCUAUCACCUUACCCAACAUCAGAAAAUUCAUAUUGGUGUGAAAUCUUAUAAAUGUAAGGAAUGUGGGAAGGCCUUUUUUUGGGGCUCAAGCCUUGCUAAACAUGAGAUAAUUCAUACAGGUGAGAAACCUUAUAAAUGUAAAGAAUGUGGGAAGGCCUUCAGUCGUGGCUAUCAACUUACUCAGCAUCAGAAAAUCCAUACUGGUAAGAAACCUUAUGAAUGUAAAAUAUGUGGAAAGGCUUUUUGUUGGGGCUAUCAACUUACUCGACAUCAAAUAUUUCAUACUGGUGAGAAACCCUAUGAAUGCAAGGAAUGUGGGAAGGCUUUUAAUUGCGGAUCAAGUCUUAUUCAACAUGAAAGAAUUCAUACUGGUGAGAAACCUUAUGAAUGUAAAGAAUGUGGAAAGGCCUUUAGUCGUGGCUAUCACCUUUCUCAACAUCAGAAAAUCCAUACUGGUGAGAAACCUUUUGAAUGUAAGGAAUGUGGGAAGGCCUUUAGUUGGGGUUCAAGCCUUGUUAAACAUGAGAGAGUUCAUACUGGUGAGAAAUCCCAUGAAUGUAAAGAAUGUGGAAAGACCUUUUGUAGUGGGUAUCAACUUACUCGACAUCAAGUAUUUCACACUGGUGAGAAACCCUAUGAAUGUAAGGAAUGUGGCAAGGCUUUUAAUUGUGGAUCAAGCCUUGUUCAACAUGAGAGAAUCCAUACAGGGGAGAAACCCUAUGAAUGUAAAGAAUGUGGGAAGGCUUUUAGUCGUGGCUAUCACCUUACUCAACAUCAGAAAAUUCAUACCGGUGAGAAACCUUUCAAAUGUAAGGAAUGUGGGAAGGCCUUCAGUUGGGGUUCAAGCCUAGUUAAGCAUGAGAGAGUCCAUACUAAUGAGAAGUCUUAUGAAUGUAAAGACUGUGGGAAGGCCUUUGGUAGUGGCUAUCAACUUAGUGUUCAUCAGAGAUUUCAUACUGGUGAGAAGCUUUAUCGAUGUAAGGAAUUCGGGAAGACCUUUACUCAUGGCUCAAAACUUGUUCAUGAGAGAACUCAUAGUAAUGAUAAACCCUACAAAUAUAAAGAAUGUGGGGAAGCCUUUCUGUGGACAACUUACUCAAAUGAGAAAAUUGAUACUGAUGAAACCUUAUGAUUGACAGUUGUAAAAGAACAUUUUGUGUGUGUGUACAGACAACUUAAUAAGAACUCUAAAGAAACCUUGUGAAUGUAAGGGAUGUGCAAAAGCCAUUCAUUUCUGUUUAUGGACAAUUAUCUUGCUAUCCAGCAAUUCAUACUAGUGAGAAAUAUUUUGAAUAUAACUAAUAUGAAAAGGCCUUUAGACUUCUGUACAGUCUUAUUGGAUAUCAAUUUAUACUGAUGUAAAAUCAUUUAAAUGUAA